AACAAUGACAACACGAAUUUUCUUAAGUACCCCAUUUGGUACUUAAUCUACUUCGAGGAGAGUCGUAUUUCGGAACGUCAUCGGAACAUAUUAUACCUUGUAUGUGAUUAUUUGGAACACAAUGGAUAUAUAGACAUUAGCGAUGUAUUAUUCCGGGAAGCUCGUCUAUCUCCCGAACAUCGGGUCUGCGACAACAUCGAUUUGGAAAUUAUCGUUGCAGAGUAUGAAAAUUAUUACAAGAUGAAAUUUCAAAAAUAUCCCAUAUUGUGUAAGAAAAUAACUGGAAGGGAAAUGACGAGGGAAGUGACAAAUGCAAGCAAAACUGUUUGUAGAAGUAUUGAGACAAAAGCCAAAUCUGUUAGUAAACAAGCGAGAAGUGAGCCUGUGAAAGAGACGAAUCUACAGCAGAAGAUAACUGAUGACAAUACGAAUGAUAUUAAUCUCGCAAUGACAGUGACGUCAAUAUUCCCCAAUGAGAGUGAUGGACGUUCAUCAGAAGAGCUAUUUAACGUCCCAAUGGAACAGUCCAUGCUAUCGAAGAUAUUGAAAUGCAUUGAAAAGCUUUAUUCAGAUAAUCCGGAAUUACGAAAGAUUGCUGAGGACGUCUCAUGCGAGAUCGUAGUAAACAAAUUAAAUGUACAUUGGGAUGACGUUAUAGGCCUAGAAGAAUGUAAAACCGCUGUUAAGGAGGCCGUUGUGUAUCCCCUUAAGUAUCCUAUCUUUUUUGAUGGCCCGUUUUCCCCCUGGAAAGGUAUUUUGCUGUACGGCCCACCUGGUACAUGUAGUCUGGUUCUUGGUGUCGGGUACUUUCCUGAGAUUUAGUAUCGUAUACAGCAC